AUAUGAUUAAUGAUUUAGAAAUAAACUUGUACCCCCUUUCUCCUUUAGAAUUUUAAACUAAUUAGCAUCAGAUAAUUUCUGAUUAAUAAUUGGAUUAUGAAAAUGUUUCUAAAAAAUGUAGAGUUAGUUCCUAAUGUUUACUUAUUAAAAAGUACUAUUUUUAGAAUCAUUUUAGAAAUAUUCGUCAUAGAAAGUCAAGGCCGUCUAUUCUUCGUGUAGAAGAGGUAGUGAGGAAUGUAAAGUUAUACAAUAAUUGUUCUAGCCAACAGAAUCUGGAUAAUCUAGAAAUUAUUUAAAAUAAAGCCAUAGUGAAAUCUAGUUGA